CCAUUUUCUUUUAAAUAUCAUUUAAUGAAAAGUGGGAGAUUUUGAGCUUCAUAGCAUUUCUCUUAUUGAACUGGAUUUUAUACCCUACUCAUUUUUUAGAAGUGAAGCUUGAAUCUAUGGUGUGUUCUUGGUGUCCUCAAAGUGAAUUUCAUACAAAGCCAAACCAGGAAAGGAUGAAGAGCAGUUAAGGUUAUCAGAACUUGGAGCUUCAACUUGCCAACAUUGUACACCAGACAAAAACUACCCAUGAAGUUCCAAUACUUCAUUGUUCCAUUUGUUCUGCUAAACUUCACACUAUCUCUCUUUGCCUUGGUUGUAGCUGACUUGAACUCUGAUAGAAAAGCUCUCCUUGAGUUUUAUUCUAGUGUCCCACAUUCCCCAAGGCUAAACUGGAAUGAGUCUUCUCCAAUUUGCACUUCAUGGGUUGGUGUGACUUGCAACCCAAGCAAAACUCAUGUCAUUGGGAUCCAUCUUCCUGGGGUUAGAUUCAAAGGAUCCAUUCCAGAGAACACCUUAGGGAAACUUGGUGCUCUUAGAAUCCUGAGCCUUCAUUUCAAUGGCCUUAGUGGAAACUUUCCUUCUGACAUUCUCUCCAUUCCUUCACUCCAAUAUGUAAACCUGCAGCAAAAUAACUUCUCAGGCCCAAUUCCUUCUUCUCUCUCCCCUAAACUUGUUGCAUUGGACAUUUCCUUUAACUCCUUCUCUGGAACUAUCCCUGAGUUCAACCUUCCAAGGCUCAGGUAUUUGAAUUUGAGCUAUAACAACUUGAAUGGCUCAAUUCCAAUCUCCAUCACUCAAUUCCCCUAUACUUCUUUUGUUGGAAACUCUCUCUUAUGUGGACCACCUCUCAAACAUUGCUCUGCAAUUUCCCCUUCUCCAUCAGCUACCCUAAAUCAAAAGGCUUCCACUUCAAAGAAAUUCUUUGGAUUAGCUUCUAUACUUGCUCUAGCAGUUGGGGGCUGUGCUUUGCUCUCUCUCCUAGUUUUGGUGAUCUUUGUGUGCUGUUUGAAGAGGAAAAAGAGUGAGAGCAGUGGUGUGCUGAAAGAAAAGGCAUCUUAUGGUGGAAAGAGUGAGGUUUCAAAGAGUUUUGGGAGUGGGGUGCAAGAGGCUGAAAAGAACAAGCUGUUCUUCUUUGAAGGUUGCUCUUAUAGCUUUGACCUUGAAGAUUUGCUGAAGGCUUCAGCUGAAGUUCUUGGAAAGGGGAGUUUUGGAACAACAUACAAGGCUUCAUUGGAGGAGGGAACAACAGUGGUGGUUAAAAGGUUAAGGGAAGUUGUGGUUGGAAAGAAGGAGUUUGAGCAACAAAUGGAGUUUGUGGAAAGAAUUGGAAAACACCCCAAUGUCACACCCCUUCAAGCUUACUACUACUCCAAAGAUGAGAAACUCCUAGUUUAUAACUACAUGCCAAAAGGAAGCUUGUUUACCUUGUUGAAUGGAAACAGGGGUGUAGGAAGAACUCCAUUAGACUGGGAAUCAAGAAUGAAGAUUGCACUUGGAACUGCAAAGGGAAUUGCUUCCAUUCACACUGAAGGAGGUCCAAAAUUUGCGCAUGGCAACAUCAAGUCAUCCAAUGUGCUCAUAACCCACGAACAUGAUGGUUGCAUCGCCGAUGUGGGACUAACUCCUCUGAUGAACACCCCACCAACCAUGUCAAGAGCCAAUGGCUACCGCGCUCCGGAAGCAGCCCAGUCAAGGAAGAUCACACAGAAAUCUGAUGUUUACAGCUUUGGGGUGCUCCUCCUUGAAAUGCUAACUGGGAAGACCCCAUUGGGGUACCCUGGAUAUGAUCAUGACAUGGUUGAUCUUCCAAGGUGGGUGAGGUCAGUGGUUCGCGAGGAAUGGACAGCUGAAGUUUUUGAUGAGGAGCUUGUGAGAGGGCAAUGUGUGGAAGAGGAGAUGGUGCAGAUGCUUCAGAUUGCACUUGCAUGUGUGGCAAAGGUUGCAGAUAAUAGGCCAACAAUGGAUGAAGCUGUUAGGAACUUAGAGGAGAUUAGGCACCCUGAGUUGAAGAACAGGACAUCCUCUGAGUCUGAAUCUAUUGCACAAACACCAUGACUCUAUGACUGCUUGUUGCAACUGAGAAAAAGUGAGAGGGAAUUUCCAUCUUCUACAAGUCAUUGUAUGAUGCAAUAAACAUGUUUCAUUGAGAGAACACUAAUAUUUGGAUUCCAUGUUGGUCAUGCAAGUUCUUAAUUUGCACACUACUCAUUGCCUUCUACAACUUUUGCCUUUUUCUGUUUCAGUCAAUGAAAUUAAUUCAAGGCUCAUGAUCAUGAUUGACCAAAA